AUGUCUCGCUUUGAAGAAGAACUGGAGUUUGUGCAGUGCUUGUGCAAUCCUCAGUAUCUGCAGCAUCUGUACCAAAGAGGGUUCUUUGGCAGAGAGGACUUUAAAGAGUUCCUCAAGUACCUGCAGUACUGGAAGAGGCCAGAAUACGCAAAGUGUCUCACUUUCCCACAGGCCUUGAACAUCCUCGAUCUUCUAAUCAACUCCGAGGAGUUUGUAGAGUCGCUGAAAUACAAGCAAAUAGUUGAGUUCCUGGCAUCGCAGCAGUAUCUACAGUGGAAAAACAGAAGAUAG